AUGAUCUUCCCGCGCCGGCAACAUCAACACUCAACAACACACUCCGGACAACAAUGUAUCACGGAUGAGCCUGUCGCUGCUAGCGCGGACCAUUUUGUAAGUGUGAAUAAUCGCAGGCCUUCUGUACCACACAUCCAAAACAAUAGGCUAUCUAAAUGUAUGCUUUGGAACGUAGAAUCAUUAGAAGGUUUACAAAGAGAUAGCGGCGAAAAUGAGUUUGAUGAACUAGAUCUAAUUUUAUUUACAGAGACGUUCGUAACCGAGCCCAAUAGAGUUUAUUUCCCGAACCAUAAAAUAUUUCAUGGACUUGCACUAAAAACAGAUGGAAGAGGACGGCCAAAGUGGGGCGUGAGCAUAGCCGUAAAAACAACUGAAUUCGCUGAAGUUAUUUCAUGUUCGGCUAGAAAAUUAAUAAUUGAAUUAGUUGAUUACUAUAUUAUUUGUAUUUAUAGUACACCAAAGAGAGAAGUUACCGAUAUAAUACUCGAGAUAGGCGAAUGUCUACAAAUGUGCGAAAAACAAGACAAACAUAUUUUAAUAGGAGCCGACUUUAAUUGCGACUUGAGCAAAGACACAUCUAGACGAGCAGCUUUCCAAGAAGGAACCAGAGAGCUAGGGCUAAUCAUAGAAAAUGAUCUGAAUGUUCCAACCUACAUAAGCUGGAAUGGAACAAGCCUCAUAGACUUAAUAUUAACCACGGCAGAAAAUCCCGGUGCGCUGGUAAAAGAUAUAGCAGUUAAAAAGUCCUCUCACAGAAAGCAUUGUCAAGUAGCGUUUAACUUAGUUCGAUUUCACGAUUAUCAGGAGAACAUAUCUUAUAAAGUUAAUAGAACCUUGGAUAAACAUUUACUAAUGCAGGCUCUUCAGCUUAUGAACUCGGCAGAUGACGUUAACUACACGGAGAGAUCCAUCCGCUGGGCAAUACACCAGUCUGGUCUUAAACAAAAACAAACGAAGAAAAAGAAAAUUAUACAUAAGCCAUGGUUCGAUUCAGAGUGUCGUUUUACAAAAUAUCUUAUAUGUAGUCAUAACAAUUUUAGUCAAUACGGUCUAAAAAUCCUAUCAGAGCUCAAGCAAAAAUUUAAAAUAAUGAAAAAGGCGAAAAAAGAAGCAUAUGAAAAUAAAGAGCGAAUUAAACAAGUGUCGAGUAGCGUCAAAAAACCAUGGCUGCUCAUUCCAAAGAAGCCAAACCCACCAAACCCACUUAUAAACGAUCAGAGAUGGAUUAAUCAUUUUACGAGUCUGUUUAGUGAUACCGAGAUUGAACCAGUAAGAGACGCCCCGAGUGCUGUUCGUAACUUCACCGAAGAAGAAGUGGGCACGAGUAUUAUGUUAAAACAAAAUAAUAAAUCGGCUGGACCCGAUCAAAUAGUUUAUGAACAUAUUAAGAAUAAUAAGGAACUACUUAUUCCGGCUCUGACAACUCUGUAUAAUAAAUGUCUCCUUAAAGGCAAAAUCCCAGAUGAAUGGAGAAAAAGUUAUAUUCAACCCCUGUAUAAAGGAAAGGGAGAUGCAACUGAACCUCGUAACUACAGAGGUAUCGCACUCACAAGCGUCCUGUAUAAAGUACUCACAUCAAUGAUAGUAGCACGGCUGACGGAAAGUCUUCAAGAUAUGUUGCCAGCAGAGCAAUUUGGAUUUUUACCGGGCCGGUCCACUCUCCAAGCGGUCGAAUUUUUAGUGUCUCACGUCACAGAAAGGCAAAGAAUGGGUAAUAUGACUUACGCAGCCUUUGUGGAUUUCCAGACUGCGUUCGAUAGCGUGCCGCGUGAUAGAUUAUUAUAUACAAUUAAAAACUAUUUUAAAGUAGAGGGAUCAAUGUAUAAUUUGAUAUUAGACAUACUAUGUCCGAACAAAAUAUUCAUUCGAAAUGGAGCUCACACCGUAGACAGAGCGGUUACCCAGAUGAAGGGAGUUGCACAAGGCGACCCAGCCAGUCCUUUUUUAUUUCUUCUUUAUAUUACGGGUCUCGACAAGUGUCUGAACGAGGUGAAGGCACCUCAUGGAUUUUAUGCCGAUGACCUUGUGAUUUUGGGAAAGUCGAGAGCCCACUUACAAUAUUACUUGAAUCAAAUGUCCCAAUGGUGCUUAGAUAACAAGAUUAUUAUAAAUAUUGAUAAAACCAAAAUAUUACGAUUCAGUCGCGGCGGAAGCUACAGCUCCAAUGACCGCAGUAUCAAAAUAAACAGCACGCCAAUAGAACUAGUAAACAAUUUUACCUAUCUAGGCAUAACAGUGACAACUAAAAUGUCAUUCUCGCGACACAUCGAGGAGAAAAAGGCAAAGGCGAUGGCCGCUAUGAUACUAUUAGGAGAUAUUAGGGAUGUAGACCUCAAAACAGCAUUUAAUUUAUUCCGUAUAAAAAUAAUACCGAUUAUUCAAUACUGUUUACCAAUAAUUGCAAAAUAUUUUACUCUAUCAGAUCUUAAAAAUAUAGAUAAGAUAAAAGCUUCUUUUGUGAAAAGACUUUUGGGUUUACCAUCAAAUGCAUCCUCUACUCUAGCUUUAGAAUUGUGCAAUGAGAAGACUCUCAUAGAGGAACUCACUCAAAAGGGGAUAUCUUUCGAAAAAGAGGUUUUGGAUAAAUAUAUGAAAUUUAGGGAAGAGCGCAACAUUAACUUUGUAACUGAAAAUUACACUGAAGGGCCGGCUUUUAAAACAGAAAAAUGGAAACAG